ACCAUUUCUAAUCUCCCAGGCCGUAGGUUCCUUGGGGGAAACCCGCCAUCUUCGCACCUCUCCAAAAACACACGACCUCCAUCUCAUUGCUCCCAUUAGCAUGCGAUUUUCCAGUUGAUGCUAUUCUCAUCUUCUCAAAAAUUCAAAAAAAAAAAAAACAGAGAGAGUAAAAAAUUUCUGAACGAGGAUUCAUCUUAGAUCGUACUUUCUACCUGCAAAAUCCAGGCGCUAUCACAAUUCUAAGCCUGGACUUUGCGUUAGUCUCUUAGUUUUCUGCAACAAAUCCUGGAAUUGUUUUUCGCUCUGAAAGCUGACUGGGCUUGUUUCGAAACACCCUAGGUGGUUCCGGCGAAGAAUUUAUUUUGUGGGAUAAAUUGGCAAGAUUUCGAGGAUGCGUCAGGAUCAUGUUGUGAAACAUGAGGACAAGCUGGAUCAGAAGAAGGAGCAAUUGUCUGAUGUCGAGGAAGAAAGAGACUGUGCCUACUAUGACCUCGACGAGGUUAGAAAAAUGGACGAGGAUGCUGACUCAGGGUUCGAUGUAGCGUCCACUGCAAAAGCGCAGUCAGAGCCUCUGAUAGGGUUAAAUUCUUCACCGAAGGACCCUACAUUGCAUGAAGUGAGAAGAACGGAUGAAGAAGCUAAUUCAAUACAAGACAAAGCGUCACUGAGUAAGAAUUUUCCAAACUCGCAAGCAGAGUUGUCUUCACCGAAGGAUGCAGUAUCAGAUGGGGUGAGAGAAAUGGACGACGAGGCUAAUUCAAGGUUUGAUGAAGCAUUACCCCCCAACAAACCUUCAGAGCUGAAAACAGGGUUAAAUUCUUCAACGAAGGAUGCGAUAUCGAAUAUGGAGGAGCAAGAUGGUAUGAAGGAGAAUAACAUAGCAGAGUCAUUGCAGCAGGAAGCCAAUAAGGAAUUUGAACUCCGAUUGGCGGAGAAACAGGCUUCGCUGGACGAAAUGAAGAAGGAGAUGGAUGAUGCUAGAGCGUUUGAGCAGGACGCAAUGUACUUGCUUUCUGAGUGCAGGAGGCGGAUUCAUGAACUGGAGGACGAGCUGGACAAAAGUAGAGCAUCCGAAGCGAGUCUCUAUGAGGCGUUGGUGGUGCAAAAAAAACAACUUGAUGUAAACAAGGUUCUUUUCGAAGAAUCGAAGCCGGAGAUUGCUUCUCUUGGAGAUAAAGUGGUGAAGAUUCAGGAAUCUGCGCCAUGCAGCAAUGAAUCCCAACCCUUACUUUCCUUGAAGAAAACAGAGGAGGGUAAGGGAGUUCAAGUUGAAAGCGAAAAUUUGUUGAAAUAUGCUGAAGGAUGUGACGAACUCGAUCCCAUGGGGGCCAAAACUAUGCUUCAACAAAUGAGCUUACUCAGAAACGAAUUGGAGUUAGCAGCCGAGGGAGAAGAGAGAGACAAUGUGGCCAAAAAUCUACUUGAAGAAUUAAACUACCUCAAAAAUGAACUCAAGUUAGCCAUGAAGGCGGAAGAUAAUAGCAAGAAGGCCAUGGAUGAUUUGGCAUUAGCGCUUAAAGAAGUGGCCGCAGAGUCUCGCCAGACCAAAGAAAAAUUAGUAGAGAGCCAAGUGGAGCUGCAACACCGCAAAGAGGAAGCAGAGCAUUUGAAAGCGCUAUUAAAUAGAACAGAGGACACCUACAAACAGCUUCUAGGAGAAGCAAGAAAAGAAGCUGAAAGAAACAAUAACACGGCAGAGAGAUUGAGAUUGGAGGCUGAAGAGUCUCUCUUGGCAUGGAACGAGAAAACAAAGGAGUUCGUGAAUUGCAUUAAAAGAGCUGAAGAGGAAAGAACAACGGCACAAGAAGAAUGCAGGAGACUGCAAGAAAUGCUUAAAGAAUCAGAGAACAAGGUUCGGGUUUCAAAGGAAGAAAAUCAGAAGCUACGAGACAUCCUUAAACAAGCAUUGAAUGAAGCCAAUGCUGCAAAGGAAGCUGCUGGGAUUGCUCAGGCUGAGAAUUCUCAGCUCAAAGAUAUGUUAGGAGCGAGGGACGAAGCGGUGAAGAUGCUUACCCACGAGAACGAAAUGCUCAAGAUUCAUGAAGCGGCAGCAUUUGAGAAUAUCAGAGAGUUGAAGAGGUUGCUCGCUGAAGCGCCCAUAAGGGAGUUGAAAAAUAACGAGGAGAAGGAAAAACCAGCUGCUAAGGAAACGAGUAAAGGGAAGACGCAUAAAGAAGGCGACAAGGAGCACAAAGAAGUCAAGAGUCUGAGCAAAACGAUCAGUUUCAAUCUGAAGGAAAUCAUAGCCCCCCAUAAACAACCGCAUAGGGAAGGAAACGAGGAGCCCAUCAAAGAAACAGAUGAUGAUGAUCUCAAGGGUUCAAUAUUCGAUGAAAUAGAUGGAGAUAUAGUAAUUCCAGAUGAGAUAGACGAGUCGCAGCUUGAUGAUCCGGAAAAUAACUCGCGAAAGAGAAGAGCUUUGCUACGAAGAUUUGGCGAUCUUAUUAGAAGAAAAAGUACUCACACUCACAAAAAGGAACCUUCCAUUUCCAAUGACGAGCGUCUGAAUCUCACUCCUCCACAUCCAUAGUCAUUCCUCAAGUUGUUUACAUUCUUGUCAUCACUUGUACGCCAACAAUUUGAAUUUGGCAUGCUCCUACUCACCAAAAGAGGUUUGGGUAAUCAAUAAAAAAUUAAG